AUGACGAGGGCCCGGCGCCUCGGCGGCGAGUCGAGGCACCUGGAGCGCAGCCCGUACCUGCUGAGCCACGCGGGCGGCGCGUGCAGCAGGUGGGCGUCGACGAUGAGGUCGACCUACGCGGGGGGCAGCACGGUGCCAAAAGGCUACGCGGGAAGCGUGCGCCGCGCAGCCAGCGCCUCUCCGGCCAAGGCGCGAGGGCCGCCCAGCCAGCUUCACAUGGUCGGGAUGGCCUUCCCCGUCCGGGACGAGCUGGAGCAGGGCAAGAAGCGGAUGGCCGCCGUGCCGUGGGCUGCCGGCCCGGACGCCGCCGCGGAGGCGGCGCCCGCGGCUGCCGCGGCGGCUCCCGCGGCGGCGCCCGCGGCGGCCCUUCAGGCGGCCCACGCGGCGGCAUCCGCGCCGGGCGCGCCGGGCGCAGAGGAGCCACGCCCGGAGGCGCACCUCGCAGCCCUGCGCUCCGUGCUCCGCGGGCGCGGCGCUGGGGCGUUUGCGGGCCUCGGGCGCCGGCUGCGAGCCGCGGGCGGGCCCGGCGGCGGGGUGACGCGGGGCGGCUUCGAGCAGGCGUGCCUCGAGGAGGACCUGGGCAUCCCCCAGGCGGCCGCGGGCUCCGUGUGGUCUCACCUGGGAGGGGAGGCCGGCCGCGGCGAGCUCAUGCGCGCCCUGUGCGGGCCCAUGAGCGCGCGCCGCCAGGUGGCCGUGGAGGCGGCCUUUGCGGCACUCGACGCGGAGCGGCAAGGCUCUGUGGAUGCCGGCGAGCUGUUGCUGCGGUACAACGCUGCCGCGCUGCCGGAGGUGAAAUGCGGGGAGGUCGACGCCGUGGACGCGCUGAAGCGCUUCGCCCUCGGCAUCGAUGUCGGCGGCCUGCGCGGCGGCCGCGCCGAGCUCGCGGACUUCCUCUGCUAUUACGGGGCCGUGAGCGCCUGCACGGACAGCGACGAGCAGUUCGACGCGGUCCUCAGCUCGGCCUGGCAGCCCGCCGCCGCGGGCGGCGCGGGCACCUUCGUUCAGCAGCACGUGGAGGUCCACGUGCACGUCGCGAGCGGCGCGGACGCCGCACAGGCCGGGCGCGCCGCGGCUGAGGCAGCCGCUGCUGUGCUGGGCGGGACCCCUUGCGGGGCCGGCGCGUCGCCGGCCAAGCAGGCGCCCGAGGUUGGCGCAGCGGCGCGCCGCGGACGGGCUGGUGGCAGCCAGGCUCCGGCGCGCGCCCCGCGCCCUGAGGGCUGGGCCUACGCUGUGUGGCGGCACCCCUUGCGGCCGGAGCUGCGGGGCGUGCACUGCGGCGGCGGCGCGGCCUGGCGGGAGCUGGCGGCGACGCUGCCUGGCGGGCGCUACACGUUCUCGUCGGGCGUGCGGCUGCGGCGGUACGCCAGCGAGCCGGCGGCCGUGGCUGGCUACGAGGCGGAGGCGGCGAAGCACGAGGCGCCGCUGCCCGCGCCGCUGUUCGACGUGCUGGCCCCGCGGCUCGUCGACGUCUCGGUGGUGCACCGAGGGUUGAGCGCGGACGGCGCGGGGGUCGCGGUGCCGAUCGUGCCGAUCCGCAAGGCGGGCUCCGUGCUCACCAUCGCGAUCCCCGCGGACGUGUGCCCGUGGCUGAGCCCCCACUUCGCCGCGCUGGGCGACCCCGUGCACUUCCUCCCGGCGGUCGACGGCCAGAUGGCGACGGUGGCGUUCGUGAGGGUCAGCUCGGAGGGCGGUGCUUGGAUGGAGCCCGCCACGGGCAGCGGGCACUGGGCUGGCGACGGACGCUGGCCUGCGGCUCGGGCGCUGGUUUCCCUUGCAGCGUCUCUGCCUGCGGCGGUGGCGGACGACGACAUCAACCCAGAGCGGGGCUACUCCAGCGCUCUGGUCCCCGCCCCGCACGCGCUCAGCCCAGAGGACCUCGACGCGGUGCUGGGCGGCGCGCUGGGGUUCGGGCCCUGGCGCGGGCCAUUGCGCUUGCGCUGGCCGCCGCCGAGGCCCGAGCCUGGAGGCGAGGACCAGAUCGUGGGGCCCGACGGUCAAGGGCUGCCGGGCAUCGUGACCCCGCCCAACGGGGGCGCCGCUGCUGCAGCGUCCGCGCCUUGGGAGCCGUUGCCCCCGCCCGAGCCUCCCGCCCGCGCUGGUGGCGCCGCCAGAGCCGCUCGCCUGCAGGACUCGGCUGCUGCCGCUGCUCGGGCUGUGACGCCCCAGGCCAAGGUCGCAGCCUUGGCCGCUGGCCGCGCGCGAGCUGCGCGGGGGCGCGCUGGCCCCGCCAGCAGCGCCGAGGAGGAGGACAGCGCCGCCGAGAGCCGCCGCGGCCCCGCGCGGCCCCGCCCGCCCGCGGCCUCGGGCCGUGCGACGGUCGCUUCGCUGGCUGCCGUGCUGGAGCGCCUGGAGGCUUCGAAUCAGGACGCGCUGAGGCGCAUGGCGCUGCUGGAGACGGUGGGGCGCCCGCCGGCUGGAGGCGCGGGGCCUGUGGGCGCCGCGGAGCCCGCGCUGGGCGAGGCCGCGCCCGCCCUGCCCGCAGCCGCCCCCUUGCAUCCGCAGGUGCUCGGACCGGCGCGAGGCGCCGCGGCGGAGCAGGCGGCGGUGCAGUGGGCGCUGCAGGCCGCAGUCGCGCCGCCUCUGGCUCGCUUCGGGCAGCCUGUAGGCUUGGCGAGCCCGCUGCCGGUCGGCGCCGUGCCCGCUGCCGCAGGCGCGGCUGCGCGAGGCCCCCACGCUGGGGCGGCUGCAGGGCGUGCCAGCGAGAUGCCUCUAAACGCGGUGCAGGUUGCCCAGGCCCGCGCCUCCUACGCUCGUGCCCACGGCGUGCCGCUCGCCGACGUCGCCGAGGGCGAGGUGCGCAGGUCGGCGGAGGGCAUCUUUGCGUGGUGCCAGGCCGGGGCCGGCGUGCCCGCCGCUGGGCGCGUUGACGCGGUGGCCGCAGCCCCGCCGCCGCCGGCAGGAGCUUCGCCGGCCGAGCUAGCCGCCCAUUGGGCUGCCGUGGCCGAGCUGCAGCGGAUGCCUGCUGGCGCCGUGCCCGACGCGCUGGCCGGGCUAUGGCAGCCGGGCCUCGACGAUGGGUCCGCCGCUGCUGGCAAGAUGCCAGGGCCCCGCGGCGCUGCCAGCAUGGAGAUGCUGCGGCGCGAUCUGCAAGCGCGUCCCGCGGCGUGGUCAGCCAUGAACAAGAGGAACGCGGAGGUGGCGCUGGCUGGCACUUCGGACGACCCCGACCCGCGCGUGCGCAGCCUGGUGGAGUUCGUGGUCAGGACGGGCACGAUCAACCGCGGCAACAGGACGGCGGCCUACCUAGGCUUCGGGAUCGCGCGGGUCGCGGACCUGUUGGCGCGAGGCCAGCUCGAGGCGGCGGAGGCGGUCAUCCUGCUGCUGCUGACGGCGCUGGAGCAGGCGCAGAGGGACAACGGGCGCUGGCAGCUGGCCUGGCUCCUCACUCACCUGCCCGAGCCGCCGUGGUCUCAGAUGACGACGGGCUCCAGCGGCUCGGUGGACAGCCUGCGACCCUUCGGCCACCUGGCCGAGCCGACGUGGGCCACGGCAGCGAUGGCCUACACCAAGGGCGCAGCCUCCCUGGCCGAGAUCAGGAAGAAGUUCAACGACGACCGCGGCGGCGGCAAGAAGGCUGGUUUGCCGCGGGUGCAGAUCGGCAUGGUGCGCCGCGUGCUGCAGGCCAGGACCAGUCUGGCCUACUACUUGUAUUCGUGCAUGCAUUUCUCCGGCACGCCGUCGGACUCCCCGGCGCGUACCUGCUUGAAGUUGUUCCCGAUGGCGCCGCCCUACUCGUGGACCAUCGGCGCCCCUCCGUACUCCAGCCCGCGCUGCAGGGGCCGCUGGAAGAAGGCGCAGGUGGCCAAGCUGCAGGUGAACCUGAUAGUGGUCGCGUGCUCCUUCCUGGCGCUCGGCUCGCGGCGGCGGUGCCCGGACGCUUACAGGGCGGGGAUGGGCUUGAGUGAAGUGCAGCGAGAGCGGCUCCCGCACCUCCUCGCCCUUGCCAAGCAGCGGGGCCGCGCGCCCUACCACAUGAGCGGCCGCGGCAAGAUGAAGCUGCAGUCGCUCCUCGAAUUCGGUAUGCAACUGCGUGGAGCCGCACCCGAGCAGCAGGUGCGCGCUCCACCCCCUCUCGCGGUGGCGGCGCCCUUCGUGGCCAGCCGCGCGACCUUCUGCAAGCAGGAGGCCCGCUUCGACCCUCUGUACCACCUGCCCGUUUUCGAGGCGGCGGCGUACCUGGACCCGUCUGGGAGCAUGAAUCAGAUCGUGGAGUUCGCUUCGGAUUCGGAUCGCUCCCACAAGCUGUAUUUGGCGAGACCAGACGAGGUGGACAUGGGCCAGGCCUGUAAGCUCAUCCCGGUCUACCGUGAUCAGCACCGAGAUCGUAUAGCGUGGGAUCGCAGGAUACGGAACGCGGCCGAGCACGCGCUGCAGUCGGGCAGCCAGCGCCUGGUCUCUGGGCACGCGCUGAGCGACUACGAGCUGAACGAGGGCUUCGUGCCCGUGCUGUUCGCGGAGGACGUGGCCGACUUCAACCCCGCCUUCGACUCUACGCCGGCCAAGGCGUGCGCGGCGCGCCGCGCCGAGCUGGGGGAGCACUGCGUGGCGUGCGUGGCCAGCCUGCUCAUGGGGGACCUGAGCGCCAUCGACUUCGCCCAGGGCGCUCACGAGGCCGUGCUGCAGGCGGGGGGCUCGCUGGCGGACGCGGUGCGGGUGCAGCGCCAUCGGCAUUUCCCGAGGGGCGCGCGCGCGGAGCUGCUGCAGAUCGACGACCGCAUCGGCCUGGGGCAGCGGGCGCGGGGCUCUCGGCAGCUGCCGCGCGAGCUGGUGCAGUCCUUCGCUGGAGCCCGCGAGCAGUGCGCGCAGGUGGGGCUGAGGGCCGCGGACGACAAGCGCGUGGCAGGCGCCUCCGCGGGCUUCGCGCUGGAAGCGGAGGUGCUGUCCUCGGGGCAUAUCGGCGCUGAACGUCUGCGGCGUGCUGGCCUGGCGCUGCUAUCCUCUGGCAUUGCGGCGCACGGCCUCGCGACGGGCGCCCUGCUCAGGAGGGCGGUGGCCAGCUGGGUGCAUGUCGUGGGCUUUCGGCGGCCCGCUAUGUGCCUGCUGGACGAGGUGUUCCGCGCGCUGCCGGCGGUGCCGCUUGACGACGACGUCUUCGAGCUGAACGCGGGCGCGCGGCAGGAGCUGAUGCUGUUGCCCAUGCUGGCGCCCACGCUGGUCACCAAUCUCAAGGCGAAGGUCGCGAGCAGGGUGAUGCACAGCGACGCCUCGCACCACUUCAUGGCUGCCGUCGAGGCCGACGUCGCCCAGACGGUGGUUCGCGAGAUCUGGCGGCACAGGGACCAGCGCGGGUGGCACACGCAGCUCACCAUGAAGGAGGUGGCCUACAUCCGCGCGCACAAGCGACUGGAGGAUCGAGCCUGGCUGCAGGACGUAGACGAGGAGCUGCGGCCUGGGGCUAAGGUGCCGCGCUGGCAUCUGCUCGAGGUGUUCGACGUGCUGGAGGUCUGCAGCGGGCGCGAUGCCCCAUGGUCCUCGGCACAUGCGGCCGCCGGGCUGCGAGUGGGGCCCAGGAUCGACCCCGAGACGCAUCCGCUUUGGGACCUGCGCUCCGUCCGCAUCGUGGAGUGGAUCCUCUUCCUGAUCAUCAACGGCCGGGUCGCCUACGUGCACUGCGCCCCGCCGUGCGCCACGUUUUCGUUGGCGCGGCAGCCGCGGUUGCGCUCGCGAGCCCAGCCGCUGGGCCUGGAUCCUACUGAUCCUGCGACGCGCCUGGGUACCGUCCUGCUCUACAGGGUGCUCCUCAUCCUGUGGACCGCGCUCAAGUGCGACAGGCUCGGGUCCAUGGAGCAUCCCGCUGGCGCUUAUUCGUGGUGCGUGCCGGCGCUGCGGUCGCUGCUCGCCAAACCCGGCUGCGGCUCACUGGACUUUGCGGCCUGUGCCUUCGGCGCGCCGUACCAGAAGCCGACGCGGCUAGGUCUGGUGAGCGGCGGCUUCCUGCAGCCGCUGUCCCGCCCCUGCGUGCAUGGGCGCCGCGCUCGUAGCCGCCCGCUGGUCGGUGCGGCGCGCGCGGCGCCGGCGGCCGCCUACACGGCCGAGCUGUGCGCCAUCUGGGCCGAGCUGACGCGGGCGCAUCUGGCAGCCAGGGCUCCGCUGGGAGGACCCGAGCAGGCGCCGGCCGCGGCUGGCGGGCGACUGGAGCAGCCGUUCGUCAACGACCUGAUCCGCUGCUGCCGCUGGCGCGCUUCCACUUGUGACCCCUGUCCGCCGGCGACGCACAUCAACCGCCUGGAGGUGCGCGCCCACCUGAGAGCGAGGGCGAAGGCGGCGCGGCAGCAGCCUGGGACCCGACAGCCGUUCCUGCUGGACUCGACCGUGGCGCCGGGUGCCUGCUCGAAGGGUAGGUCGGCGUCGCACGCGCUCAACGACGACCUGAAGGUGGGCCUGCCCGAUGUGCUUGGGUUCGACGUGUACCCGGGGUGCGUCGCCCCGCCGUCGGCCACGCCGCCCGCUUGGUGGCGCUCGGCUGUAGCUGGCGACUUGCGGAGCCUCGACCAGUGGACGCGCGUGCCUCGCCAGCGGCGCGCCGAGUCGGAGUGGCGUCGCAUGACGUUCAAGCUGCUCUUGUGGACGCAGAAGGACUUCGACAGCACGCUCGGCUACCCUGGCGAGGGCCCUGCCAGCGUGGCUUCAGGCGGAUGCAGGCUGAUCGCCGUGGUCUGGAUCAGCGUGAUGAUGAUGACGAGUGGCGCUCGCGUUGCAGGCGAGCCGCCCGACCCUCGGCCCGCGGUCGACCUCCGCCUGCGGCCGCAGACGGGCGCCAAGACGGCACAGAUGAGGCGCCUGCUGCUGAAACAGUUCGAGACGUGGCUCCUGGCGCUGGACGGCGGCUGCUCGGUGGCGGAGCUGGUGGUGCAGCUGCCGCGGGUGGUCUCCAACAUCGUCGCCUCGUACGGCCAGGUGCAUUACUCGCGUGGCAGGAGUUUGAAGCACUACACGAAGACCAUCAACAACGCGAUCGUGGACGUGGAGAGGUCAUUGCGCCGACACUUGGGCGCGGCGUGGGAUGUGUCGCAGGCGUGGCAGUACGCCGUGCCGACGCGCCAUCGCUUCCCCACGCCGCUGCCGGUGUUGCGCGCGCUGGUGGCCUUGGCACUCAGCUGGAGGUGGAUCGACAUGGCCGUCCUCGUCUUCUUGGCCUUCACGUGCAUGCUGCGGCCUGGCGAGGCCCACGGUCUGACCUACUCGGACAUCUUGUUGCCGUCCCAGCUGAUGGCUGACAACGAGGUGUGCUACGUCAAGGUGCGCGAGCCCAAGGCCCGCUGGGCGGUGGCUCGCAUGGAGCACGCCAGGUGCGACGAGGUGGCGUUGGUCAGGCUGCUGGAGGUGCUGGCGGCAGGGCAGCCGCCUGGAAAGAAGAUCUUCAGCGGCUCCUACCAGCAGUUCCGGCGGUGCCACGACGCGCUGGUGCAUUUCUUCGGCGUCGCGGCCACGGAGGCGCAUGGCCUGACGCCAGCAUCGCAUCGUGGCGGCGGUGCCACGUUCUUUUUCCAGCAGUCCGAGGACCUGCCGCGCACCCAGUGGAGGGGCAGGUGGAGGCAGCUCAAGUCCAUGGAGAUCUACAUCCAGGAGGUGGCGGCGGUGGCGUUCGUGCCGGACCUGUCGCAGGCCUCGCGAGAGCUCGUGGGGAGCUUCGCCGCUGCGCUGCCAGGCCUGCUCGCACGGGCCGUGGCCUCUCCCGUGCGUGGCAAAAACUGA